CUCUCAUUUGUUCCAGAAACUUCGCAACAAAAUGGCGCAGCUGAAACAUAAACGAGGGAAGUCCAAAAACUAAAAGAAGGUCAAGAAGAUCGAACUCAUAAUGACCUAGACAGAUAUUGUGAUAGAAACAGCCAAUCAUAUAGGCCUAUUUUACUAAUUAGAAAAUUUAACAGCGUUCCUUUAGCAUAUAGUGUCAAUUAGCGUAAACCAAAGUAACGUUAGGGUCCUACCUCUAUAGAAAGAAAUUCAAAAAAGUAUAUUUUCGAACCAAAGCUAGUCUUUUAAGCAUGUCGAAUCAGAUACCUAUAUAUAGCCAGGUCGUUCCAAAAUCUCAAUACCGAGCGAAGAAUUCUAAAGUCAAUAAAGUUCAGAAUCCGACGAGAAACGACUUCGACCCUCUGAAUUAUAAUAACGGAGGGAAUUUCGCCAUGAGUUCUCCUCUUGACGGGAAGGAGAAGAAGGAGGAUAAGCCUCGGAGGGUUAAAGAGGAUUCGGGGAGGACUCGUAGGGUGAGGAAUGAGGCGAGUGAGGGGAAGGUGGAAGCUUACUUGAGGCAGUACCAGGUCAGCAUGAGGCAGCAGCAGCAUCGACAUUCCGCUGUAAGACAGGCUGAACACCGGGUUAAUCUCAGAUCACUUCCACUUAAUGACGUGGCGACAUCUCGCGGCCACGACCGAACACCGACUGAUCGUCACCGAGGCUUCCCAGAGAGAGAUAGAGAAGGUUCCAGAGAACAUCGGCGUGAGCGAGACAGGGAUAGGGAACGGGAGAGAGAUCCUUUUGAUUUUGAUGGAACACCCCUCAGUCCCAUAGCAUCGAGGGCCCACGAGAAAGACUCCCGACCAGUCCGCAAGUCCUCAUCAGCGCACCGUGUGACUGAGACCAGCAUAUCCACGGACAAGAGGAGGUUCUUCUGCAGGGAGUGGGCAUUCCAGAAGAUUGCUCAUUGUUUGGAACAGCGACCAGUUAGCAAGACCUGUGGGGCACUUAUUUUGGGUGACGCGGGCAGUGAAGACAAAGAUGAUCUACGUCUAUACGAAAACCACGAGAAUCUAUUCCUUCGCAAUAUAUCGCAACGCCAAUCAAAAGAAUUGAGGAAUUCGAGACUUUUGCGGCAGUCUUCUGAGCCUCUAUCGGAGAAGAAGACCAGUCUACUGCAGAAGAGUCUGUCUACUGAACAGAAGAAUGAUAGUUCUGGUGAAGAUCGGAAGGUGGAGAAUAGCCCGCCUAAGUCUAGGAUACCUGUCGCUAAUUUUAGGUACCCUAACAAAAGUGAUCUUCGAUCUGCUGAAAAUUCCCCCUCAAAGAAGCCCGAAAGACCGUCGACACCCAAAGAAGAGUUGCCGGAAUACCAGAAUGUUUUGAAGCCAGAAGUAGAAGUACAGGAGAGUAUGUGCGAGGAAGGUUCGAGCUCGGAAGGCUCCUCGUCGGUGGCCCGCCUCCUGGCGCGGCACCAGCACCUGUUCCCGCACUGGCUGCUGCUGGUGCUAGACGGUGUAGCAGACGGGUUCAUAGCUCUACGCGAGAUCAGAGAGAUCCCCGGCACUCUGAACGGACUCUAUCUAUGGCUCGCUCAGCGACUCUUUCAUGGGAGACGGUUCACCAAGGUUCGUCUCCUCCUGGACGUGUUGCUGGCGGCCAGGUGCGGAGUGUCGGAGGAGAUGCUGUACAGGUGUCUGCUCACCAAGGAGUACUCCGUCACCAGGGAGGACUUCAACCGACGAUUGCAUCUACUCAGGCGUCAACGAUAA